UGGGGUUCGCGAAGGUGGUUAGGUUUACCAUUUGUCCGAUGAUUGCUGUUGUCGCCUUUCGUGAUUCCGGAGGUUCGGUUCGUUGAGAGAAAGAGAGAAAAAGAGGGGUAGAGAGGGACGGACACAGGUAAAUGAAAUUUGUCCUUCGAUUUGAAAACUCAACUAAGCCAACUUAGUCAAACGAAGGGAGAAGAUAGAGACUCAAAGAGAAGUCUGGUAAAGGGAAGAGAAAAAAGGAUAGAGAUACGGAUAGAGAGAGAGAGAGAAAGAGAGAGAGAGAGAGAGAGGGAGAGAGAGAGAGGGAAAGAGAGAACGUGAUCGAGAGCGAGAGUGAGAGGGGGCGUUCGAGUAAGCCAAAAGGGAGAAGGGCCGAAGAGCUACGAAGCACGAUGUUGAAUAUCUGUCGUCAAGCUUUUAUUACGAAUAGCCAAAAAGUAGGUACAAGAUGCCUAGGAUCUAUAGUGCCUAUACCGAAUCCUCCAGACUUACCAUUGGAGAACGAACCUAUUCUAGGUUACACAAAAGGAAGCAAGGAACGGGCUGAGUUAGAAAAGGUCUUGGAUGAAAUGGCAUCCGAAUGUACCGAAGUACCAUUAGUGAUCGGUGACAAAGAGAUCAAGACGGAUUUAUGCAAAUAUCAAGUCAUGCCACAUAAUCAUAAAGCUAAAAUUGCUAAAUAUUAUUGGGCCACGCCAGAUUUAAUACAGAAAGCUAUUGACGUUGCUGUGAAAGCUCAAAGGGAAUGGGAGAAGUGUCCUAUUGAAAAACGAUUGGAAAUAUGGAUAAAGGCUGCUAACCUCAUGUCAAAGAAAUAUAGACAACACUUAAAUGCUGCCACUAUGCUUGGACAGAGUAAAUCGGUUAUUCAGGCAGAGAUCGAUAGCGCCGCUGAAUUAAUCGAUUUCUUCAAAAUACAAGGAUACUUUGUUAAGGAUGCUUUGAAGUAUAAACCAAUUUCACCGACCAACACCGUAUUGAAUUCGUUGAGGUAUCGCGGAAUGGAUGGUUUCGUUGCUGCUGUAUCACCUUUCAAUUUUACCGCUAUUGGUGGUAAUCUCAGUUAUACUCCAGCCUUAAUGGGAAAUGCAGUUUUAUGGAAACCAUCAGAUACCGCUUUGCUUUCCAAUUGGUGGAUCUUCAAAAUAUGUAGAGAAGCUGGUGUACCACCAGGCGUUGUGAAUUUUGUUCCUUGCGAAGGUCCGGUUUUUGGAGAUACGAUAACUGCCUCUCCUUACUUGUCUGGUAUUAACUUUACCGGAUCAGUACCGACAUUUAAUCGUCUAUGGAUGCAAGUUGGAAAAAAUUUGGCAAAAUACAAGAAUUAUCCAAAAUUGGUAGGAGAAUGCGGUGGUAAGAAUUAUCACUUCGUUCAUCCAAGUGCCGACGUACAAACGGUUGUUAUCGGGACAAUAAAAAGUGCUUUCGAAUUUAAUGGUCAGAAGUGCUCGGCGUGUAGUAGAAUGUAUAUUCCUGAAUCCUUAUGGAGUAAGAUAAAGGACGGUCUUUUAUCCACACGCGAAAAACUUAAAAUAGGCGACGUUAGAGACUUCUCUAUUUUUGCUGGAGCCGUUAUCGAUGCCGUGGCGUUUAAGAGAAUUUCUGGUUAUAUCGAGCAUGCUAAAAAGUCUAGUGACUUAGAAAUUAUCGGAGGUGGCCAAUACGACGACAGCGUUGGAUACUUCAUCCAACCGACGAUAAUAACGACAAAGAAUCCAAAUGAAAAAAUCAUGACGGAAGAAAUAUUUGGACCUGUAUUAACCAUUUAUGUUUACAAAGAUUCGAAACUCGAUGAAACGAUGAAAUUGGUCGAAUCUUCGACGCCUUAUGCAUUGACAGGAGCGAUAUUUACUCAGGACGAGCAAUGGGCGAAAAGAGCACUGGAAGAACUCAAAUAUACGGCAGGUAACUUUUAUGUAAACGAUAAAUCGACUGGUUCGGUUGUUGGCCAACAGCCUUUUGGUGGUAGCAGAAUGUCCGGUACAAAUGAUAAAGCCGGUGGUCCUCAUUAUGCUCUACGUUGGGCGUCACCUCAGGCAAUUAAAGAAACAUUUGUUCCUUUGAAAGAAUAUGACUAUCCGUACAUGAGGUCGUAAACACUCGAAUAUUGUCUAAAUAUCGAUUUAAAUAAUAUAAUAAUACAAAUAUAGGUGCGCGCGCGUAUCGCUGAGCGAUUAUAUCGCACUUCUAAUUGAGAUGCGAUGCCGAAUGUCUAUAGUUGUAAAAAUAAACGGGAUCGUCUCGUGCAUUUCUUAAUGUGGAUAAGUUUAAAUAUACGAGUAAAUAUCGCUAGUUAGAUUUGCGAGGCAACCUCGAUUUGUUUUCGGCGUAUUUAAAAAUCAAUUUUUUGAAGGCUGUAAAUGUAAAUAACAAAGUAUGAUCCUUAGAAAGAGAGAGCGAGAGAGAGAGAGAGAGAGAGAGAGAGAGAGAGAGAGAAAGAGAG